AAAUAUAAGAUUGUAUUCAAUAUACUUCAUAUGAAAUCCUAUACAAGAAGCUAUAUUUAUAGCUAUAUUUAGAGUCCUAGGGUUUCCUAUACAAGAUAUACAAAAUGGGCUAAGCCCAAUACUACUAGGGUUUCCACACUCCCCCUCAAGCUGGAGCAUAUAAAUCAUAUGUACCAAGCUUGUUACAAAUAUAUUCCACUCUAGGACCUCUAAGAGACUUAGUUAAAAUAUCUGCAAGUUGUCCAGUUGUGUUCACAUAUUUUGUGAUGAUAUGUCCACUGGUGAUCUUCUCUCGGAUAAAAUGACAAUCAACUUCAAUAUGUUUUGUCCUCUCAUGAUAUACCGGAUUUGAUGCGAUGUGCAUUGCAGCUUGAUUAUCACACAUGAGUUGAGCUGGUUUUGUGUUUCCAUAUUUUAACUCUUGGAGGAGAUGCUUCAACCAUAAGAUUUCACAGGUAGCAAGGGCCAUUGCACGAUAUUCUGCUUCAGCACUAGAUCUGGCAACCACAUCCUGUUUCUUACUUUUCCAUGAAAUUAAGUUUCCACCAAUCAAGAUGCAAUAUCCCGAAGUGGAACGUCUAUCCAUCGGACAUCCGGCCCAGUCUGCAUCACAGUAUCCCACAAUAUCACGGUGGCCUCGAUCUUCAAACAACAAUCCUUGUCCUGGAGUUUUCUUGAUGUAUCUCAAAACUCGAAUAGCUGCAUCCCAAUGUCCAGUACAUGGCUUAUCAAGAAACUGGCUAAGAACACUUACCGCAAAUGAAAUAUCUGGUCUCGUGAUGGUAAGAUAAUUCAAUUUUCCGAUGAGUCUUCUAUAUUUUUCCUUGUUGGGCAAAAGAUCUCCCUGUUCUGAUACGAGUUUAACGUUCGGAUCCAUUGGUGUAUCCACUGGCCUGCAAUCUAGCAAACCUGUUUCCUCAAGAAUAUCCAAGGCAUACUUUCUUUGUGAGAGAGCAAUUCCAUCUUGAGACUGUGCAACCUCAAUGCCAAGGAAGUAUCUCAACUUUCCCAAGUCUUUUGUUUGAAAUUUGCUAAACAGAUGUUGCUUGAGGAGAGCAAUUCCUUGAUCAUCGCUACCUGUAAUGACAAUGUCAUCAACAUACACAACAAGAUAAAUACAUUUGUUGCCAGCAGAAUGUCUGUAGAAUAUAGAAUGAUCAACAUCACUGCGAAUCAUGCCAAAGCUGCAAACAACGGCACUGAACCUCCCAAACCAUGCACGUGGAGAUUGCUUCAAGCCAUAUAAUGAACGACGUAAUCUGCACACCAUACCAGACUCCCCCUGAGCAACAAAUCCAGGUGGUUGCUCCAUAUAAACUUCCUCGUGCAGAUCUCCGUGAAGGAAUGCGUUUUUAAUAUCCAAUUGGAACAAUGGCCAGCGGCUCAUUGCUGCCAUGGAUAAAACCAAACGAACUGAUGCAAUCUUCGCUACAGGAGAAAAAGUGUCAGUGUAAUCCAAGCCAUAUAUCUGAGUAUACCCUUUCGCCACAAGGCGUGCUUUAAAACGAUCAAUCUCCCCAUCAGGCCCAACCUUAACCGUGUAAAUCCACCGACAUCCCACCACUGAUUUGCCAGUGGGAAGGGGGACUAAGUCCCAUGUCCCACUAGAAUGAAGAGCCUCCAUCUCAGCCAACAUGGCUUUACGCCACUCUGGGUGUGUCAGUGCCUCAUGUGUGGUUUUAGGAAUGCAUAUAUGAGAUAGGUGGGAAAUAAAGGCAUAGUAAGGGGUAGAGAGGCGGUGAUAACUCAAAAAGUUAUAUAUGGGAUGUGGAUUCAAUGUGGAACGCGUACCUUUUCGGAGAGCAAUUGGCAAAUUAUCCUGAGUGGUGUCAAGUGCUGGAGUAGGUGAUGGUGGUGAUGCAGGAUCCGUCAUAGGGGAAUCAACGGGCGUGGCCAUGAUGGGCUCAAUGGGAGGAGGUCGAGGACGUCGAUGGUAUACCUGUAAUGGACGAUCUGACAUAGGAGGGCAGUUUGGGUGCUCAUCAGAUGGGGGGUUAAUGGGAGGCUCCUGAUGGAUGGGCCGAAGAUAUGAGGUGAAGUCCAAACAUGAUGGGGUAUUAACUGAAGAUAAUGGAUAAUAAAAGGACGACUCAAUGAAAGUGACAUCAGCUGAAAUAAAAUGUUUCUUAAGUAAUGGAGAAUAACAACGAUACCCCUUUUGGAGUCGUGAAUAUCCAAGAAAGAUACAUUUUAUUGACCUAGCCGCCAUUUUAGCUAAUCCCGGUGUCGUAUCAUGGACAAAACACACACACCCAAACACAUGAGGUGGUAAUGGAAAUAAAUCACGAGCAGGAAACAAAAUAGAAUAAGGAAUUUCAUUAUUAAGAACUGAGGAAGGCAUUCUAUUUAUUAAAUGACACGCAGUGAGUACAGCAUCUGCCCAAUACUGAGGUGGUGUAUGGGAAUGUAAUAAUAGGGUACGAGCAGUAUCAACCAAGUGCCGGUUCUUGCGUUCAGCAACCCCAUUUUGUUGAGGCGUGUGAACACAAGAAGAUUGGUGAAGCAUACCCCGUGAUGUCAUGAAUUGAUUAAAGGAUGCCCCAAAAAAUUCUUUAGCAUUGUCACUGCGUAAAAUUUUGAUAGAAUGACCAAACUGAGUUUGAAUUUCAGCACAAAAAGUUUGAAAAAUAUGAAACAAUUCAAAACGCUCUUUCAUUAAAAACAACCAUGUGUAACGGGAAAAAUCAUCCACAAAAAUAACAAAAUAACGGAAACCUAAAGUAGAAGUGACUCGAUACGGACCCCAUACAUCUGUAUGAACUAAAUCAAACGGUGAUGUAGCCCGGUUAUUGACUCGCCUUGGAAAGGAUUUACGAGGUUGUUUUCCAAGGUGACAUGACUCACAUUCUAAAGAUGAAAGAUUGGAGAAACCUGGAACCAUACGUUGAAACUUUGAGAGACUAGGAUGACCCAGACGAUUAUGUAAGGUAAUAGCAGGUUCAACUGAAACACAAGCGAUUGGAUCAAGAGGAUGGAGGUGAUACAGACCUUGAGAUUCAUGGCCGACGCCAAUUGUUUUCCCCGUACAACGGUCCUGCACAAUCACAGAAUCAGCAGAAAAUGUUACGGAACAAUUAAGAGCACGUGUAAUUUUACUGACAGAGACAAGGUUAAAAGGGGUGUUUGGGACAUAUAAGACUGAGUCUAAUGGUAAGGAUGAAAGUGGAAGCGCUUGCCCAAUACCCGAAGCCGAAGUUUGAAGGCCAUUAGCAAGAGUAAUCAAAGGAAGAUGUCGGUGCUUGGUAAUAUGGGAUAAAAGAUUGGGAUUACCAGAAAUAUGGUCCGAGGCACCUGAGUCAAUUAUCCAUGAGCCUGCUGUGUUUGAAACGCAAGCGGUAGACAUCCCCGUUGUAGAUAAUGGCAUAUUAGUCAACUUAAAUUGCUGAUAUGCUGCAUAUUCUUCUGGAGACAGAACAAUGGGAGAUGGUGGGAUCUGAGCAACGGUGACUGGGGUAGGAGGUCUCCCAUGUAAUUUCCAACACCUGUCUUUAGUAUGACCAAUUUUAUGACAAAAAUCACAUUUAGGACGGUUCCGUCUUGAGAAUCCGGUGUUGUUUUCUCCGUCAGAAUUCAUAAAAGACAACUUGUUUUUUUCUUUUUUCUUUUUUUUCUGUUUUUUUUUUUUUCUUUUCUGUCUUUUUUUUUUUUUGUUUUUUUUUUUUUUUUUUUUUUGUUUUUUUUUUUAAAGAGCAGCAAAAAAUAAAAUAUUUAAAGUAGUGCAACUGCAAUUGAAGUGAAGCAGCCGUAAGGUUGAAGGCAUCAGGUUGAAGCACUGUAGCUACACAAGGAUGAAGGAAAACAGACCUCUAUCAUCUUUGGGAGGUGCGGACGACGGCGAAGGGAGACUGCAGGGCGGCGGCGGCGAGCGUACGACGCAGGGAGACGGCGGUCGGCGGCGAGCGUACGACGCAGGGAGACGGCGGUCGACGGCGGCGGCGCGGUCGACGGCGGCGGCGCGUUUGACGGUGGCGGCGCGUGAAGCGGUCGACGGCGGCGAGUUUUACGUCGUUCUGGUCGCCGGAAACUCAGGAUCUUCCGCUGGUUGGAGGUGUCAACGCCAGAUAAGCAGAGAGAGAGAGAUCUGCAAAAAUGAAAAACUGCAGAAGUAUGCUUCAGCGGCACGUGGUGGCGCGUGGAUGAUGCGGCGCAGGUGAUUCCUCCGGCGGUAAGUCACGAUGUACCUUUGAGCACGGCGGUAGGUUGAUAUCACUACCGAAAGCACUCAAUUGAAAGUGACGACACUGUUCACGCCGGAAUUCUGACCGGAAAUUACACCAGCAGAAAAAAAAAAAAAAUCAUAAACACUACACUAAUAUUGCCACACUGGCUCUGAUACCAUGUGAAAUAUAAGAUUGUAUUCAAUAUACUUC